AAUUAACAUAAAAUGGUACAGUGUGUUAAAAAAGAAAAAUUUUUUAAAUAAUGGAAAUGAUACAGUUUAUUUAUGUAGGUCAUCCAAUAGUAUCUAUUAUAAUCGUAAAAGAAAGUUAGAGGGGAGAAUAAAAGGAGGGAGGAUAUAUGAAAGCGAUUGAAGAAUAAAAACAAUAAGUAAAUCUACUAAGAAUUUUAGCUAAGAGUAGAGAGUUGUCGUUCUUCUGCGUUGGGAUAAAAUGUAUAUUAAAUUUCUUCUUUUAACAAAUGCAGUUCUUAUGAUCGCAAUUGACGUUCCAUGGCCCAACAAUCACCGAUUUUAUAAAGGGAAUUUUAUAAACGAAACGAAGUCUACGAUUCGAAGAAAUAAAGAACAGUUACAACCACAGAAAACCAAAGAAACUAAAAAUAUAAUGAACAAAUAUGUAAAAGUAAAAAAAAAUGAAAAUAUAGAUCCUUGGAAUUUAUCAGAAGAUACUGAUCGAAUACAAUUUCAAAUUGAAGGCCAUGAAGGACCAAAAACGUACAUUUUCGGAUUCGAUACUGGAAAUGGAAUGAAUAGACAAUAUAGAUUAGAAGAAAGACAUCGCGAUGGUACGAUAAAAGGUCAAUAUGGUUAUUAUGAUGCAACAGGAAAAUUAAGGAAGAUUCAAUAUGUAGCUAAACCUUUCGAAGGAUAUACUGAAAUACAUCACGAAAGUAAUGCAGAAAAGAUAGAAAAUUAAUCAAAAAUUAUACUUUAUUUAAACAUGUUACAUUUUAAGAGUUUAAAAUUCGUACAAAUUAUUUAUAUCAGAGUAAUUAAAAUAUUAAACAAAAAUGUAAAAUGUCUCAAAUCAAGC